AUGAACACUUUACAAAUCAGUGUGAUAGCGUUCAGUGUUGCAAAGCCUGUAAAAAACCCAGGGCAUAAUCCAGGAGAUGAAAUGUGUGAGCUCUAUACAGAGGCGGAUCCUAAUAUUAUUCCAUUCAGUGGAAAAGAUGACAUCCUUUCAAAUUUUCACCUUAACGAUAUCAAAGUAUUCGGUGUUGAACACAAAUCAUCGGAGCAUGCAUAUCAGUACGUAAAGGCAGUGCGUUCAGGUGACAUUCCAUGCGCGACGACUAUCCAAACUGCACCCACUGCCUUAGAUGCCAAACAAAUCGGUAACAACAUUUUGGCUUCUCAACAUUUCAUUGAUUCUCAAUACAACAUCAUGAAGGAAAUCGUGGAAGCUAAGCUAGCUCAAGUUCUAGAAUUUUACGAUGCUUUGAAAAGUGCACCCCCAAAAGCCUUGUUCGUGGAAUCCACCUACGACGAUUUCUGGGGAUUGGGGCUUAACAAAACUGGUACGAUGCACACUGACAAAUCUGAUUGGCCUGGUGAAAACACGCUAGGUGAUAUCAUUACCAAGCUUUCCAAAAAGGUCAAGAAAACAAAAAAUGCACCCGAUGCCAGCAAAAUGCGACACAGUCGUAGAAAUCGGUCACAAAAUGAAAUCCUCAAUUCUGGAGAAUCAGAUUAG